AAAUAUCGUUAACGAAACUAGAUCGGACAACAUGAGCACGACUAAGCGGGACAUUUACUAUAGGAAACUGGAGGUUUCGCUCAGCGGGAAGUCAGGAAACACCGUGGUGAUUGAUCGGGAGAAGUACGGGCUCAUAUCAGCAUCCCUUCAGCGGCUGCAGGGAGGUGGAAAACCCCGAUCCCCACAGGAUUAUGCCUGGAUGAGAAAAUACCACCUUGUUGACUGUAAUGGUGAGAGUAAAAUCGCCAAAAGAGGGCUGACCACACUGCUUGUAGCGAAAGAAGAUCUGUUUGAUGUGAUCAGCGAGGCUCACAUUAGAACAGGACAUGCAGGGCGAAACAUAUUGAUUAAGGAGCUGCAACAAUCAUAUUUCAACGUGACGCAGGAGAACAUCAUGCUUUUUCUGGAGCUGUGUGAGAACUGCCAGCUCAAACAUAAAAAGAAGAUGAGCAGCUCUGGAGACAGCUGUGGGAACAGCAGAGCAGCUGCAGCGUUUGAGGAGCUGUGGAGGAGGCUGGGGGAGUCUCACCACAACACCGUUACAGAAUUAGAGGCAAAAGUGAGCAAGCUGAAAAAGGACCGCUGUCUAGAUGCACAGAGGCUUGAGGUGUUUUAUAAUCGCAACCAGCAGCUGAAGGAGGAGAACAAAACCCUGCAGGACACAAUCAGCCACCUGGAGGAAAGGCUCCGAGCUGGAGAGUGCCAGCGAUGUGCCGUUUUAGAGGAAACCCUGAAAAGCAGCCAGGGUCAGAAUCAGCAGCAGAUCUCCAACCUGAGUGAGUUUUAUCCCACAGAGAGAGCUGAUCACCUUCCGAAGAACACGGUGUGUUCAAGCACUGAUGUCAUCUGUGAAAUAUUUAAAUCAAGAAAAGAGGAUGAGCUUACAGCUGCCCUUCAGACGUUUGUGUCGGCUGUAGUUCUUCUCUUUAAGCAUCUGCUUCGCCUAAGUGUGUUGUCGGUCAACUGUGCAGAAAGUGAGAGAAACGACCUGGAGGAUGACAAGACACAACUACAAGCUGAACUGCAGAAGUUAGAAGCCUCUCUUUUGGAGCUCAAGGAGGAUUCAUCCCCGGAGCAGGAAGACGGCGUCAUCCCAGACUCGCCGAUCCUGUCGAGCUCGCUGCCGGCGACAAACCGACUAAAGAAACUUAAACACGUUGACAAAGUAAAGCACGUUCGUUACGCGGAGAGGCCUCUGUCGGUAUCUGACAAGUCCAUCUUCUUCGAGCCAAACGGAGCCACCAAAUCUGGAAGAGCAGAGGUUCUUGUACCAAACACCUGCGAACUGGAUGUGUCCCACAUCCCAGAAGAUGGGAACAGCAUGGAGGAGGAAAUUGCAGAAACCUGUCGCUUUGAACUGGUUGACAAGCAUCAGAAGAAAAUGGAGUUGGAUCGGAAUCGGCAAACCCGUUCAAAAAGUCUGUGGAAGCACGACGUUCGCUUGAAGCCUUACUCCCCCUCGGCCUCCCCGACCCCAGGGCCAGACUCCCCCUCGGAGAGAUCCCCGUCUCUUCUCGCCUCUGCCAAACGCUUCUCACAAGAAGGCUCCGUUCCCAGGAUGAAGCGGAAGAAGGGGGAGAUCGACGAAGAGGUGCAGGAAGGGGGGGAUGAGCGGAAGAAAGGCAAACGCGCGCAGCUUGAAGGGAGCAGACAGAUAAUCAGCAGGGAGGAGCUGAACGGCAAGGCAGGAAACGUGAAGGAGAACGAUCAGACCGAGACGUCCAACCAGGAGCCAAACGGUCCUUGUUCAAGUCCUGCUUUCAAAAAGCCUCACAGUAAAACCAAAGGAGAUGCAGACGGGAAGAAAAAAGCUCCCGUGCACCCACACGGAGACGGUGAGCUCUCUGCAGCGAGCAUCGUCUCACAGAAGCAUCUCUUCACUUGUUUGAUGCUGAUUGCUGAAUGUUGUUUCCCAGUGGGCGGGACGGACACGGUGGAGAACAUGUGGAGCAUCGAUCCUGCGCUCACUCUGUCCGUGUACGAACAAGGAGGAGACGAGGAAAAGGAAGAAGCGCAGCAUCUGGGAGACCUGGCCGACACCGACUGCACCUGGAUCAGCCACAGCAUGCUGCAGGGUCGGAGAGAGGGAACUCAGGACAGAGGAAACGCCAAGUCUAGGUUAGGCGAGAAGGCAAACGACAGUUUGGACAUGAUGUUCGACACGACAGCUUAUGGGGAGUACAAGUCCUUCAACACUUCACAUUGCAGCCAGAACCAACCUGGUGAUGAGGAUGAUGAUGAAGAGGAGGAGGAAGAGCAGGAGUUUGAACAAGAUUCUCCUGAAGACCGCCCACGCCGGGGUAAAACAGGACAGCCCACGUUUGCACACAUGGCCGUGAUUCGCAAGAAAGACGAGAGGAGGAAACUGAAAGGCACGACCUGCAAGGAGUGUGAAGUUUAUUACGCUCACCUGCCGGAGGACGAGAAGCACAAGAAGCUGACCGAAUGCUCCAGACACCGUUUCCUGUACAUUCCUCCAUCCACUCCCGAGAACUUUUGGGAAGUGGGCUUCCCGUCCACACAGACCUGCAUCGACAGAGGCUACAUCAAGGAAGAGAAGAAUCCUCAGCUGCGCUCACGGAGACGACAACCGCUCAACGCUUUAUUCACGCCAAAGAAGCAGGAGCAGGAGCAGACAUAAAACAGAGCAUUAAACUGACUCGGUUACUCCAGGAUUGCACGUCCAGCAGUCCCGUUACUCCGUCAGGAGGACACGGGGACACCAGGACACUGUCUUCUACACAAAGAGAGCAGCCAGCGGCCGUUGUGAACUGUGAACUCAUCAUUCAAACGUGAUAUCUACAUGUACAGAGCAAUUUCUUUGUUUGUGUGUUUGGAAAAAUAAAAAAGAGACAUUCACAAGUUGUCGGAGCUGCCCCGGGUCAGAGGAGGAAACAUCUCAAUACAAUGGUUUCAAUUCUUCACGUCUUCAGAUUAAAAUCCAGUAUUUUGUAGUAGUCAGUCAGAUGAGACGAAGGACAUUUGUACCAGAGUUUAUUUGGCGGACAGACCAUCAAAGGCGUUAGAAAAAUAAAGUAAUCUCUUUAAGACUUGUCGGUUGUAAACACAUCUGGACUUUUUGUCACGACGGCU